AUGCUGUAAAAUAAGUGAAAGAAGGGUCCAUUUUGAAAAGCACUGUGUAGUCGAUAUUUCCGUAGUAUCUUACCUACAAAAGAGUCGAUUGAGCCCUGCAAGGUGAAUGGGCGAUGGGCAUCAAGAGCAAAUAAGUAAAAAUAGGUUAAGAAAGAGAUGGAGAGACGGAAACAACGAAAUAAGGAAUAAAACUGGAAAACUGAUGAAUUGUCCUGUGUAAGAU